AACGGUCACAGAAACACUUGUUCACACUUUUUGUGAUAUCUGUUUGAAGUUUCGAGGAGGCCGUACAGCAAAAAUAACUUUAAUGUAAAAAUUAUAAAUUAUUUUGCGAAAUUUUUGCAGCUUACUUUGAAUGAAUGUAAGUUAGACAGAAUAAAAUAGCUUUCUUCGAUAUAAAAUCACAAUAGAAGAAUAAGGGCUGAUAAGAGGGAGAAUGCUGUUGUUACGUAAUUAUUUAGACAGAUUUUGUAUUCGCGUUAUCUCUACGAUCGUUAUCGAAAUAAUCAUUUAUAUUUCGAGAUGUUGUGCAUAUAUAAAACGGCGCAAUUAAUACUGCUUGUCAGUCAGCCGAUUUUUGCUGUAAACGACAUCUUGGUGAUAUCGUUAAGUAAAUCAUGAGGAUCACUAUCGCAUUGUCCUUUUUGGCUGUACUUUAUACCAUCGAGGCUCUUCCCGCAGAGUCGGCUGAUUUGGAAAUUCUGAGACUUCGAGCGAGGGAACUAAAAUGGAAUAUAGAGACUAUUAUACGUCAACUUGAGCUACUUCGUACCCAGACCGUGGAAGAUACCCUUCAAAAAAUUAGCGUAAAGUGGAAUGAAGAACAAGACAGUCACAGAGAAUAUAAAACUUUAUUACUUUCUGGAAUACGCACUGAAAUAAAUAUCGCUAAGACGGCAGGCAAAGACGUGACUUUAUGCUACACCGAGGCUAUCCAAGGUAUCGAAAAAAAUGAGCAGAUAGCAUAUAAGGAGGCUAAUGAAUGCGGAGGCUCCGCUGAAAUUUCCAUUCAUAACAACCUUGGUUUAAUCGCUAAUCUCAUUUCAACCGCAGACUCAUUGUCGUUGCAAUCGGAUAGCAUCUUCUUGAAUUGUCACAACAGCGACGAUUACAGAAUGCGUAGCUGCAUUUUCAAUGAACUGACGAAAGUAGAAAGCUCCCUGAAGUCCUUGGAGAGCGACAGCAUUACUGCAGAGAUGACCAUUGUACCCGUGUCCAAGAAUGUCAUUACUCAAGCCAGCAACUGUAUCAAACAGGCUUAUUCUCUUACGUAUACGGAGGGGGCGGCGAUUAGAAUGAGAGUUACUCAAUGUAUUGAAACAAUUACGUCAGCUACGACGACAACUACGACAGUAGCUUCGACAACUACGAAAACUACGACGGUACAGAAGUCUAUCUCAAAAGAUUAAUUUUAAAUUUAAAAAAACUAAACUUUUGAUGUUCUUUUUUUUUGUUGAAAGUAAUUCUUAAAAAGAUUCAAGAUUAAGAUAAGAUUUCGAGAGAAAAGAACAUCACGAGAAUUAGAAUGUAUAACUCCACAUAUGUAAUAUAUAUGAAUGAAAUAAAAAUAUCUCCAAAAGAGAAUUUUC